AUGUCCCCAGCGCAGGACGGCGCGUCUACUAGCGAGACAAGGGGUUCUUCUUGUGGCUUCGGGGCCAAUGGGGCAACCGGGGGAACAUCGACCUCUUGGGUGGUCGAGUCCAGCGGCGCAGCUCCCUUCGAGGCCGCCGUCGCCGGGACCGCAAUUUCUUGCGGUGCAACCGGCGAGGCUCUCGGUGGCUCGCCCGAUUCUUGCUGCCCCAAGCUCGGUAGUGCAGCGGCCUUCCGGAUUUUACAGAAGGACCGACAUAGAGCAGGCGAGAUAGUGCGGACUAGCCGCACUUGUAGGAUGAAUAGAAUAGGGGACGACGAGGAGCCAGGGCCCCACCCGCGGGUGGCAAGCCCGCGUUCCUCUAGGCCAGAACAGACGCACAGGGCUGAGAUAGAACUCGCGAGCAGGACCACCCAGGGCGCACGACAGCGACACCCCACCCCACCGGCCCCCACGCCUGAAGACUUAUGCACUGCGAUGAUUCAAGAAAAGCUCGAACAACUCCGCCGAGACCGCGACGCACGAGCAACCGAACUCGCAAAACGGCGGGACCAAGACGGCCCAACCACCAGUGACAACUCAUCUUCUGACGACUGCCGAACGAAGACUCAAAUUCCGACUGAACAACACCAUGCCAUGGACCAUCAUGAAGAAUCCAGCGACUCUGACGCACCAUUCCAGGAAGUCAGACGCCGCCGGAAAGGCACUAAACGCAGGAAAGCUGAAGAAAACACCCGCAUGCAAACAGAAUCGCGAGCUGUACCCACCACCAACUACUACGCACCACUACAGAAACAGGACGAACCAACGGCAGACCAACACCAGCUCCAGCCCAACGACACAACUUCUCAGCACACUCCAGCUCCACCGCCGCCGAAACCGAGAAUACCACCAAAGGCGAUACAUGCCUACCAACUGCGACCUACACCAUCCAAGGAGCCACAACAACCACCACAGCCGUCGUUUGCGGCGACACCGAAUGACUUCCCAUCUCUCCGAACACCCUGGAAGGCAGCAUCGUCAUUAUUUCAAACACCAUCUGAGCAACAACCAACUCGCCAGAAAAACACGGCGCGCCAACGACUGCACGAUCUUCGUCAACAACAACAGCAGCAACGAUCCAUGGACAACACUCUCGGACUGUCCGAUAUCAUCGCCGCGAUAUCUAACAUGGGCCCAAUAAUCGACUUUCUAAAAACCAAAAACGUCUUCGCCAUCAUAGCAGACACAGCUCGUAAAUUCAACAACGCACCGGAUAUGUCAUCUAAACUACUCACUCUACUGGAAGGAAUCAUGGCCUUUUUCACAGACUAA